AUGAUCCACAUGGAAAGCCCCCUCAACCAGUGGAAAGAUUUGGGUACCUGGCCUGAUGUUGUGACUUCCGACUUCCUGCCCAGUCAUGCCGAUCUCAUACGGUCCAAAGCAGCUGACCAAAUUGAGGACGACAUCGCUGAACUAAUGGCCAUGCCACCCACUCAGAAAUGCGGGAGUAAAAGGCUAACCAAAGUACUCGGCUCCCUCACACACAAACUUCUAGCCAGGCUGAAGAUAAAUGAAAAGGAAACUUCCUGUCUCCAGCAAAGGGUGCAAGCACUCCAACAGCAGGAGAGAGACACCCAACAACUUCUGGCUGAGACACAGAGAGAUGCAGUUCAGGCCCAACAUCGCAUUAAGGACUUGGAGCAAGAACUCCAACAAAAAAGGUCCCCGCCUCAUGAGGAAGAGGAGACAGAAGAAGGUAAGAGGCCUCAAACAAGCAAAAAGCUUCAACAGGCCUUGGAAGAGCUCAGAGCUGAAGCCGACCGGCGAGAACAGCAAGCCCGAGCCACUAGGGAAAACCUCGAAGACAAGCUGGACCAGGCCGACACCCUGCUGGAUAGAGCCCACACGGAACUCAAGAAUAAGGAGGGUCGGGUCCAGGCCUUGGAAAACCAUCUGGCUGAGGCACAGAGAGAUGCAGUUCAGGCCCAACAUCGCAUUAAGAACUUGGAGCAAGAGCUCCAACAAAAAAAGUCCCCGCCUCAUGAGGAAGAGGAGACAGAAGAAGGUAAGAAGCUUCAAACAAGCAAAAAGCUUCAACGGGCCUUGGAAGAGCUCAGAGCUGAAGCUGACCGGCGAGAACAGCAAGCCCGAGCCACUAGAGAAAACCUUGAAGACAGACUGGACCAGGCCGACACCCUGCUGGACAGAGCCCACACAGAGCUCAAGAAUAAGGAGGGUCGGAUUCAGGCCCUGGAAAACCAUCUGGCUGAGGCACAGAGACGCCUACAGAAGCUGAAUCACCAACUUAUCAGCUCCCAGGAACAGCUCAUCGAUGCCAGAAUGAAACAUCAGGCCGACGCAGACGAGAUUGACCGGGUGAGACGGGAACUGAAACAAGCGUAUGAGGUAAAGUUGGAACUUGAGACACCCGAUGAAUCGGAGGCGGAACCAACAUCCUCUCCAGCAGUGCGGUAUAUUCCAAGGCACUCGGGGGUCCCCCCUCGGGAUGAGGUAACUCCUUGCCCCUCACUAGACCUUGAGGAUCCAAGAACUCGGAAGGUCUCUCCCAGGGAAGACACCCCAGAUGGACCAGGCCUACCCAAGCGAACUCCACACCAGCACCGGGUUACCACGAAGGAGCUUGACAAAGUAGCCCGGAAUAUCAACACGUUUAUCCCGAACCCCAGAGGAGGCCAUGACAUUCAUGCCUACCUCCAAGACAUUGACUUUCACCUCCAAAGACUGGACAGGGUGACCAAUGAGGACAGAGUCUACCUCAUCAGGAUCACGUCUAGCCUGGAGGUCCGCAGCUUCUUGGACCGACAACCCAGUCGAAUCAGGGCCGAUGCCAUACUGCUGCACGAAGCACUGACUCGGGAGUUCGCUGAUCCCGAGUCGGAACAAGGUAUCGCCGUCGCCUUAGAUGUCAAACAGAACAGACAAGAAGCCCCCCAAGCCUACUACAAUCGACUUCGUCGGGCAUAUUUUGGGUCCAGGAAUGAGCCCGGCAUGGAAGAAGAUGCAAACUUCAAGGCUCUCUUCCUUCGGAAUCUCCACCCAACCAUUACCCACUAUUUGGGGCUCAUGGCUUGUCCCCACACCAUGACAAGUCAACAACUACGAGACCUUGCAAUCAAGGCAUACCACAAACAAAGAGCAGCAGCCGAGAAAGCAACUAAAGCGACGGCAGUGCUAAAUCUUGGCAUUACAGACUCCAACCUGGCAUUGGAAGGUGGCCACCCUCAUCCGCAACCACCAAUCCAUGACCGAGGUUGGACAGCAGCAAGCCACAGUGAGCGUUACCCUGGUCCGCCUCCACAGCAGUUGAAGACCCGGCCAGACCGGUGGGAGGCACAGCGCUCUCUUAACCAAGGGAAACCAAGACCCACAGAGCCUUGGAAUAAGCGGGGAGAUCGGCUAGGAAGCCAGUUCUCUAAUCCAAGCUCUCCACUAAGUUCCCGACGGAAUCAACCGCGGAACUGGAAAGACAGGAGGAAAAGUUAUGAACCAGACUCGAAGCCUGGACAAACCACGGAAAAAGAUGAGUGGGUUCUACUCCAGUUGCUGCGUGAUUUCUUUGCUCAGCAUCCCCUCAAGGGUCAAGAGGACUUUCGGAAGAAAGAUCCAAAAUGACUAGG